AUGGAAGCGACGGCUACAUUUCCCUUUUCAGAUCCGGCUGAGACCACUGUCAAUACAGACGUUUACUCCGCGGCCGUGGCCAACUCUUUAGGGUCUCCGAUGCACACUGAUAGCUACUUUUCUCCGAACGGAUCCUGUACCACCGACCUCGGCGAGGAUGGAACCAUAUCCUGUUUUUUCCAGAAAUCCCCAUAUUCGAUUAGGGAGACUAAGCCUUUACAAGUAGACGGGCUAAGUCUACCAAUUAAGUCGGAUCGGUUGGCAGCAGUCAAACUGGUCUAUUGUUAUGGCAGUGCGUCAGGCGUACAUACAGAUGAGGAUGACAUUGAGUCAGCCGGUCUUAUGGGGCUUGAGUUGAUGCGCCUAAAGCAGGCAGUUGGCCUUGGGCUGGGUCCCGGCCGACCCGAGCAGAACGCGAAGAAUUCGAGAGCCUCAACUAAACAACGACCAUCCACGCCUAACCUCCAUGAGACGAUACCGAUCGCUCGAUUUGAGUCAAGACAAAUAGACAAAUUUGACGGUGAUGAUAACAGGCAAAUGAGUGAAAAACAAGGUAUCGAUUCGACUAUUGAGGAUAGCGACAAGCUUUAUAAUUUGUCUUCUCAUUGUCCAGAGAGUACCGGGGAGUUGGACGUGAACGGGCCAUCAACUAGCCCAAAGCUUCCAAUAGAUCCAGUAGCCUCGGAUAUAUUAUCGUCAUUUGAGACUAAUUGCCUCGAUCUGCUCGAACCAUCUUCGCCAAUUCUUCCAGCUUCCCUUGGUCCUAAUCAGAGGUUCUCAGAUAUGACCUUAUGUUCCCAGUUCCCCGGUGCCUUGAUUUCCAGUUCACAGAAUAUCUGCUUGCCAGCUUCCAAUUCUCCUCCUACCUCCAUGCAGCUGAAUCAUUCUCAAUUUGAGAAAUCCAUUGCGACUCCCAGUGCACGGGAUCCAGAGGCUGGCCGAAUGUACAGCGACGAAAAGCCAGAGGCUCCAACUAGGCAGAAUUUCAUUCAAGCAACCGAAGUGGUAGAGGAAACUGGACUUACGAGUUUCGAUUGUGAGUUUGUUGGUGCAAAAGACAAAGACGGGCCGCAAUUU